AUGUUGUAGAUAAGCUUCUAUGUUUAAAACUUAUAUGUUUAUAUUUGUCUCAGUUGAGUGUAUUGUUUCGGAGAAUAAGGACAUAUUAUUUAAACAGGAUAUAUUGUAUAAGUUUUGCAAAGAAAAACAUCAUGAUAUAUAUUUUAAUAUGGAGUGCAGUGCUGCUCGCUGCUCUGACUCUAUACUUUCGGCAAACAUACUCCAGGUUUAGUGACUAUGGCGUGAGACAUAUGAAGGUGAUUCCCUUCUUUGGCAAUAUGGGGAGAGUAGCAUUUCGGAUGGAACAUUUAACCGACCAGUUUGAUAAGAUUUACAAAGCUUUCCCGAACGAAAGAUUCGUUGGAAGAUUUGAGUUCACAAAGCCUACAUUAGUUAUACAAGACCUUGAGCUGGUUAAGAAGAUAACAAUAAAAGACUUUGAAUACUUCCUCGACCAUCGCGGUUUCACAGAUGAAAAAGUUGAGCCUCUGUUUGGACGCAACUUAUUAUCAUUAAAAGGUCAGGAAUGGAAAGACAUGCGUUCAACUUUGAGCCCAGCGUUCACAAGCUCGAAGAUAAAACUAAUGUUACCCUUCAUCGAGGAAGUGGGUGAACAAAUGAUAAGAACGUUAAAGAUGAAAAUCAAAGAAUCAGACGGCUUCAUCGAUGUGGAUUGCAAGGACUUGACAUCACGUUCCGCUACUGAUGUGAUCGCGUCCUGUGCAUUUGGUCUUAAGGUGGACUCACAAACUGAAAAGAAUAAUCAGUUCUAUGAGAAGGGCAAAUCGGCUUCUACUUUCAAAUUACGACAAAUGUUGCUAUUCUUUACGCUAUCGGCUUGUCCAUUUCUUGUUAAGGUAUUUAAAAUAACAAUAUUUUCAAACAAAACUAGAGAUUUCUUUAUCGACCUGGUGCUAAGUACAAUGAAGGACAGAGAAGCUCGUAGUAUCAUAAGGCCUGAUAUGAUCCAUUUGCUCAUGGAGGCUAAGAAAGGUAAAUUGUCACACGAUGAAAAAGGUAGCGAUGACAUUAACCAAGAUACUGGAUUUGCUACGGUUGAAGAACCGUCUAUCGGCAAGAAAACUAUUGACAGAGAGUGGUCUGAUAUCGAUCUCGUGGCCCAAGCUGUCUUGUUCUUCAUCGGUGGCUUCGAAUCAGUAUCAACUUCGAUGUCACAUACGCUGCGCGAGUUGGCCCUCCAUCCUGAGAUCCAGGAGAGACUUGCAAAGGAGAUCAAGGAACAUCAUGCCAAAAAUGACGGAAAAUUGAACUUUAACUCGAUACAGAAUAUGACUUACAUGGAUAUGGUAAUUUCAGAAGUACUCAGACUCUGGCCACCAGCUGUAGCAUUAGAUAGGCUUUGUACGAAAGAUUACAAUAUGGGAAAACCUAAUGACACAACUGAAAAAUAUUUUAUCAUGCGAAAAGGAGAGGUUCUUUGGAUUCCAGUAUGGUGUUUCCACCGUGACCCUAAAUACUUUCCUAAUCCUAAUAAAUUCGACCCUGAACGCUUCUCUAACGAAAACAAGCAUAAGAUUAAUCCCAUGGCUUACAUGCCUUUCGGUCUUGGACCCAGGAACUGUAUUGGAUCAAGGUUUGCUCUUUGUGAAAUGAAGACUCUAUUGUAUCAAAUUCUCCUGCAUCUUAAAGUUUCCUCAUCAGAAAAGACCGUUCUCUCUGGAAGGCUUGCGAACGAUUCAUUUAACAUAAGACUUGCAGGAGGCUAUUGGUUUAGAUUUAAAAUCCGUGAAUGAGAUUUUAAGAGACCAUUACCGCAUUUUAUUAAUAUAAUAUUCACUUUGUUGUUUUGUUGUGGUAAUGGAUAGAACUUAUUAUAAUUUAAUUUGUGUUGUAUACAUAUUAUACAUUGGAUUUUUUUAAGAUUGAUCAAAGUUAACGAUGAUAUAGUCCUCCUAAUCGAUUUCGAUCUGUGCAGGUGUCGCUGUAGUGCACGAAUGUGUGUGCAAAUACUGGACCACUCUCAUAAUCAGAUAAGACGUACUUACUGCCAAUAACUUUUCAUUGGGUUUAAAUCCAGAAAAACGGUGUCUUAUAAUCUAGUCACUACACCGACGAGGAUGUCGAAGUUAAUAAAGUAAUAUGAUCGGUGUUAUACA